AUGACACCAGAAAAGGAGAUGUUGAUUCUCUCUAUUGGUGCCUCUACGGGCACAAACAUAUCCGCUAUGUCUAGUGAUCCGGGAGAGGCGAUACUAGCAUCCAGUGUAGCCACUAAUGUUUCGGCGUCAGCCAGCACAGAAAAGCCCCUGCACCCGUUACCACUACUACCCAAUGCUCCGCUACUCAGAUACACAGUCGACCAAAUAACUACGGCGUACAAAGUGCUCUCGGACCCAACCUCACGGGCUGAAUAUGACUGCUCCCUCCGUCUGUUAGGGAUAAAUAGCAGCAGCUAUGGUAAUGGGCAUGGAGAUGGCGAUGGUAUACUGUUUAGAACAGGCAUGGAGGUUUUCGAUCUAGACGAUAUGCAUCUUAUGGGGAGUGGCAUUAUCGGUUCUGACCCUGGCACCAGCUUCGACGACAAGAGCGGUGGGAUAUGGUACCAUCCUUGCCGGUGUGGGGAGGAGAGGGGCUUCCUGGUGUUGGAAGAGGAUCUUGAGAGGGAAGCGGAGAGGGGGGAGGUACUUGUCGGGUGUCGUGGCUGCAGUUUGUGGGCUAAAGUUGUGUUUGCUGUUGAUGAGGGCGACGAUGGCGACGAGGGCGACGAGGGCGGCGGGGGCGAGAUGGAAAAUAAGCAGAUACCAUGA